GAGGCCGUGGCUUUGUGACUCCGGAAGUUGCCAAGUGGACUGUGCGUCGUUCGGUGGUGAUCGCGCCUGCAGUCCCUCAGAGUGGCCGGCCAACAUGCCACAGAUCUAUGAGGCCAACUCCUUCUCUCCUGCAACGCUGACACUCUCAUGGGGUCCACAGAGUUAUCUCUCGGGCGACGUGUCCUCCUGCAAUUUCUCGCGGUGGGAUCUUCAACUGGCGAAGGUGGCACCAGAUGGAAGUCUUGAGAGCUGGCUGCCUUUGACCCACUGCUUUUAUGAAGGUUCUCGGCAGCAGCACAGCUGCCAGGUGGACGACUUGGAUUUCCUGCAGUAUUACCAGGUGCGCUUUGCCGAGCUUUGCGAAGACUCGGCUCUGGAUUCCUUGUACAACUGGACGCAUCCGAUUCUGAUCCGCGGCGCCCUUGCUGGAAGCCCAGUGAACAUCACCAUGACGGUUCUGAGCCAAAGUGACGUCCACAUCGGCCUGGGACUUGGCUCGAAAAACAGUGGUCAGAAUGCCAGAGUUCCCUUGUGA